CCAAGAUGGUGGCCCCCAGUAAACCUACUUUGUUGACAUACACUUGUUAUGAAUUGGGGCAUACAUGGACACCAUCUUGCACGAAGGCUUCAUUUGAUGUCGCAAAAGAUGUUUCAAAAGAGGCAUUUAAAAUCUAUGGGUCCUUGUAUCUUAUUGCAGCCAUUGUUCGUCGGAAGGGCAAGAAGUAUUUCCGCGACAAGUUUUGGCGGGAGCUGGCCCAGUCGACCCUGUUCCUAACCACCAACGGCACUCUGUUCAUAACAUGUUUCUGCAUAUGGAGGAAACUUGUUGGCAGUUUCUAUUACGUGAACACACUAGCUUUUAUCCCGUCAAUGAUGGCAACCCUUGUGGCCAUUAUCUUGGAAAGGAAGUCCAGGAGAGGGUUACUUGCAAUGUACACUGGGAACUUGGCACUUGAGACAGUAUGGCGAAUGUUGAAGGCGCGUGGCUGGGUCAAGUCCAUUCCAAAUGGAGAGGUUCUGAUGUUCAGUGUGGCAACAGCUAUUUACUUGUAUUAUUUCAAAAAGCAGAAUGGCCUGCCUUCCGGUACAGAGUCAAUGUUCAAAAUGGUGUUCGGAUCAAUCGAAACACUGCCAGAGAAAUCCGACGAUGACGAGGAUGAUAUGGAAACGGAACAGGAGUUCCCCAUGAGCAGAAAUGGACCUGGGCCCGGAGCCCGUUCUACUACCAGAAGCCAUCCAGCCUUGAAUAUGGUGGCCCCGUUAUUGAGAGCGGUGGAGCCAAUGGUCUCCUGGCUUAAACAUCGCCCGUCUCACCCUGUGUGCCAACACAAACACUCUUGUGCCUUCUACGUGAUACAGGGAGCUGUUCGGAUGUUUGGUAUAGGAUAUGGUGUUCAGGCUGUGAUAAAACUGCUGAGUUCAUUACCCGGCGUGUUCAAGCGACCCAAAACUGUGAUAUCGGCCCUCAUGAACAAAGCAAAUGUUCAGCUAGGAGCAUUCCUGGCCAGCCUUGUUGGUAUUUAUAGGGCAUUAAACUGUGUUCUCCGCUGGCUACGAGACCGAGAUGACAGUCUACAUGGACUGGUUGCUGGCUUUGUGGCCGGAUGGUCCAUGAUGUACUACAAAAGCUCAACUAUAGCCUUAUACACAGCUUCCAAAGUUGCAGAGAUGAUGUAUUUCAAAGGUAUUGCAGUGGGCAAGCUGCCAUAUAUCCAGUGUGCUGACAUUAUCCUCUACAGUAUAUCUACAUCUAUUGUCUUCCAUGCUGCUGUUCUUGAACCACACAAUCUACGCCCUGCCUACUGGAAGUUCCUUAUGCGAGUAACAGGAAACAAAUUUGCUGGAAUGAACCGUCGCCUGCUGGACCCGUACAUUACCAACUGUUCCAAGCUGUAUCCAGAUUACUGGCCAGACUACGACAUGCGCUUUACAAACCUUGUAAAACCACCGGCCUCCUGAUGGUCCUCCGGACAGUAGCGCUGUGAAAUUUGUGAUAGUUUUAUCAGGCACACCAAAGAGCCUGGGACCCUGCUAAAUCAAUAACUAUCUUGUGAAUCAUAAAUUAUGUCAUAGUUUCAAAUUUUUGCUACAUAUUUAUGUGAAAUGACUUUUAGUCAGCAUUGAAAUUGGACACAAUGCUGAGAAAAAAAAAAAAUUGUUUUGCCAUAAGUAACGUUUACGUUGAUUGAAGAUAAUAGGGCCCUCAGUUCAAUAAAAACCUUAGUUGUGAUGUUAUAUUUUCUUGGUGUCUGGUUUUUGAGUGACAUGGACUUUUGCCAGCAUUAAAUUUGAAAAUAAAUAAGGAAAAAGAAAAAAAACACUUUCUGCCAUAUUUAAGAUUUUUGAAGCUUGACAACAAAGAUCUUUUUUGUAACAGGGCCCGCAGUCUGUCAUCAAACAGGAUGCAACUUUAUAUAAAAUUAUGCAUGCAUCACCUGUGAUCGGUUAUAAGACUCAUUUUAUUCUUGAUUCGUUGCUCACUUAAGCUUCUGUUUUGUCUUAAGCUAAGCUUAGUUUACUGAUUAAUAUUAUACAUGUGGUAAUUCUAUGUUCUAAAUUUCAACAAUUCAUGUAUAUUAUUAUGCUGUUUGAUUUUUAAAAUCAAUUAGUUACUGACUUGUUUUUAUGCAUUAUUAAUUUACCAGGGUAGAAAAAUACGACCAGAAGUAUUAAUGGCUCAGGACUUUUCUUCAAUCGAAUAACAUUAAGAAUACAUUGUAUAUACUUCACUUUUUAAAAAAUAACUUGUUGCCAUAAUCAUCUAUAUAAAUGAUUUACAUAAUUAUGAGGUAUAUAUAACAUCUGUCAUGAGUUGUCCCAUAAAACAUAAUUAUAUUUAAAGAGUUCAGGAAUUUUGUUAGUAAGCAAGCUUUUGGCGAGUUCACUUAAAUCUUUUCUUGAUGAGUAAAAUAAAGUUGUAAAUAUUGAAUGAUGAUAAAUGUUUCUUUUUAUUGCAUGCUUUUCCCAGUGUACAUGCAGUGCUAAUGAGCCAAAUACCAUAAAGUAUAAUGCCAAAUUCUAUGCUACAUGCAUUUCAGAAAAGAUAUAGCUGAUUGUUUUAAUUCUGUUUAUGAAUAGAAUGCAUACCAAAAUGAUAUUAGGUAUUUCUAUAAAGGUUGCAAAAUAAAAAAAAUCAAAUUUUUAUUUGGAAUUUGAUACAUUUUAGCAACAAACAAACCCUUUUCACAAGAUAAUAUAUCUUAUCAUCUGUGAUUAAUAUAAUAUUGAUGAUUUUGUUUUUAGUUGAUACUAAAACAUUUUUGAAAGUGUGUUAUGUUGUCUGCAAGUGUUAAAUAUACUGUAUCUUAUAACAUACAGCUAUGGUGCCUCUGUAAGCUUCAGGAUUAUGUAUGAUGUAUACCUUCCACCUUCGAUUGUCCGGUCACCAAUUGAUUGGCCCAACCCUUAUCAAGCUAGAUUUGUGAAAAGGUUUUCUGCUAAUUCAUUGGAUUAUGUGACCAUGUGCUGUUAUUAACAUUAAGAAAUGGUUUGACGGAUGACUGUGUUUGUAAAAAAAAUGGUCAAGUCAUGAAUUUGAAGUGUUUGUGCCAAAUUGCAGCUCUUGGAGAAGAGGACAAUUACCUGUAUACUCUUUAUUAUCAAUAUCAAUCAUGAAUGUUGUAUCUCAUUCCGAUAUUAUUUGAAAUUGCUGUUCAACUAAGUAAGGAAUUUAUUUAGUGUAUGUAUUACACAAAGAUUUUAUGAUUGUUUAGACGUUUUAUUUUUCCUUUUUGUAGAAAUUAUAAAUUCAAUGAUGUUAAAUUAAUAAUUCUCGACUAUUGAAAACAUUUUUGUAAUUAGCAUUUUAUAAAUCAAAUUUUGUAUCAAAUCAUGAAAAUGCAAUAAAUGUUAUCAAAAAUA